AGCGCCGACGUCGACGCCUUCUUCCCCUUCCCGCCCCCUGGAAGCCGGGGAGGGACGAGGAAGGAGGCGCCGCCGCCGCCGCCGCCGCAGCCACGGAGGGGAAGACGGAGCCGGCGGCGCUGAGGGACGCCCAGCAGCGGUUUAACCCAAAGGCAAGCAGCAUAGAAGACCACACUGCAUCCAUGUGCGGGAAGAGAUAGUUACUGCAGUCAGAAGGGAUAAAGCACCGACAGCGAAAGAAAAAGAUGAGUACGUUAAAACCAAGUGGGCUUAAGGCUCCCACCAAGAUCAGCAAGCCUGGAAUUGCAAUUCUGAAGUCAGCGGCAUCUGUCGCUGCUGCUCCUUCAGAAAAGGCAUCAGCCAGCGAGAAGGUAUCAAGCGCACCUACGUCAGAAGCACCGGAAGAGUUUGUGGAUGACUUCCGAAUUGGAGAACGUGUUUGGGUCAAUGGGAAUAAGCCUGGCUUUAUUCAGUUCUUGGGAGAGACACAGUUUGCUCCAGGACAAUGGGCAGGGAUUGUGUUGGAUGAAUCAAUAGGCAAGAACGACGGCUCUGUGGCUGGAGUUCGCUAUUUCCAGUGUGAGCCCUUAAGGGGAAUCUUCACGAGACCAUCUAAGCUAACAAGGAAAGUGGUGGCGGAGGAUGAAGCCAACGGUACGCAGGCAUCGCAUGCUUCUAGAGCCACUUCGCCAACUUCUAUGUCAGCAGCCAGCCUUGUGUCUUCACCCUCAGUGGCAGCCCACCUCCCACCGGCAGGAAUUCCCCACAAAGCCUCUCCUCCUGCUGCUGCUAAGGAGCACCCGGUUUCUCAAAUUAGUAAUCUUUCCAGAACGGCAAGUGAAUCUAUAUCUAAUCUUUCUGAAGCUGGCUCGCUGAAGAAAGGAGAAAGGGAGCUCAAAAUGGGAGACAGGGUUCUGGUUAGUGGUACGAAAGCUGGAGUUGUGCGCUUCCUGGGGGAGACUGACUUUGCUAAGGGAGAAUGGUGUGGAGUUGAAUUAGAUGAACCGCUGGGGAAGAACGACGGAGCCGUGGCUGGAACCAGGUACUUCCAGUGCCAACCCAAAUAUGGCUUGUUUGCCCCUGUCCAUAAAGUCACCAAGAUUGGCUUCCCCUCCACCACGCCGGCAAAAGCCAAGACGGCCGUCAGGAAAAUCAUUGCAACUCCCUCCAGCCUGAAACGCAGCCCAAGUGCCUCCUCCCUCAGCUCUCUGAGUUCCGUGGCUUCAUCUGUAAGCAGCAAGCCAAGCCGUACAGGACUACUGACAGAAACAUCUUCUCGGUAUGCAAGAAAGAUCUCGGGUACCACUGCUCUUCAGGAGGCACUGAAAGAAAAACAGCAGCAUAUAGAGCAACUACUUGCCGAGAGAGACCUGGAAAGAGCCGAGGUUGCCAAGGCUACCAGUCACGUUGGGGAAAUAGAGCAGCAGCUGGCAUUGGCACGAGAUGGGCAUGAUCAGCGUAUACUGGAAAUGGAAGCGAAGAUGGACCAAUUGCGGGCCUUGGUUGAAGCUGCCGAUAGAGAGAAAGUAGAACUGCUUAACCAGUUGGAAGAGGAAAGAAGGAAGGUUGAAGACCUCCAGUUCCGGGUAGAAGAAGAAUCCAUUACCAAAGGCGACUUAGAGGUGGCUACUGUCUCUGAAAAGUCUCGCAUCAUGGAACUAGAAAGAGAUUUGGUACUGAGAGCGCAAGAAGUAAUGGAGUUGCGAGCCAGACUAGAGUCCUGUAAGCCCAUCAGUAAUGUGGACACAUCUCUCUCCCUGUUGCAAGAAAUCAGCACUCUGCAAGAAAAGAUGGCGUCGCUAAGUAAGGAACACGAAGGUGAGAUGAAGUCACUGAAAGAGAAGCUUGGGAUCAGUGAGGAGUCUUAUCAGAAGGAAAUCAAAACCUUGCUGGCAUCAAAUGAGAAAAUGGCAAAGGAAAGUGAGUCACUGAGAGCAAAGUUGGAUGCUGCCAGCAAGGAGAACUUGGAGGUGAUUGAGCAGUGGAAAGCCAAGCUGCAGUCGGCGAUAGUGUCCCACCAGCAAGCCAUGGAAGAGCUGAAGACCUCUUUCAGCAAGGGGGUUGGGGCUCAGAUGGCUGAAUUUGCGGAGCUCAAGACCCAGGUUGAGAAGAUGAGAGUGGAUCAUCAGAACGAAACAUCAAACCUGAAACAGAAACAAGAAAACGAGAGGUUGCAUCACCAGAAGGAGAUGGAAGCUCUGAAACUGAGGUUGCUGGGAGUCACGGAGGAGAAGGAGAAGAGCUUGGAAACCUUGAAGACCAAGUUGGAAAGUGCUGAAGAUCAACACCUGGUGGAAAUGGAAGACACUCUAAACAAGCUGCAGGAAGCUGAAAUAAAGGUAAAGGAGCUGGAGGGUUUCCAGGCCAAGUGCAAUGAACAAGCCCAGGCAAUCGGUGAAUUUACAGCAAAGGUGAAAGCUGCGGAAGCAGAGCUGUUGGAACUCGAUGCCCUUCGGAAGGCUGGUUCAGAAGGUAAACUGGAGCUGGAGAAACUUAGCCAGGAGCUCAAAGCAGCUGAGAAAAAGAUUCAGAAUUUAGAGAACGAAAGGAAUAAUGAAAGUAGCCAGGUUUGGAUUUGGUGUUUUCCAAGCAUUCAAAAAGCCUGUCCUGAGAAUUCAUCAAAUGGACUGAUCAGAAUGGCUGAAAAAGGCAGCUAUUUUUUAAAAUAUCCACUAUCCAUUGGCAUCACUUUGAAAGGAAAAUUUACUAAGGCUGCAGAUGAAGCAGAAAGCGUGCAAAAAUCUAUGCAAGAAACUGUUGAAAAACUAAACCAAAAAGAACAGCAAUUUGCACUCAUGUCAUCUGACCUAGAUCAACUAAGAGCUACCUUGACAACCAUGGAGAAGAAACUGAAAGAAAGGGAAGAUAGAGAACGGCAGCUGAUUGAGGCCAAAUCCAAACUUGAAAACGAAAUUGCAGAAAUAAUUAAAUCCUCAGGAGAUAGUUCUUCUCAGCUGAUGAAGAUGAACGAUGAGCUGCGGUUAAAAGAGAAACAGCAAGAGGAACUACAGCUUCAGCUCACCAAGGCAAAUGAAAGAGCUGCCCAGCUGCAGGAAAGCAUGGAGCAAGCCGCCCGUCAAGCUGCAGAGGGGCAACGAGAUGCACAGAAAGACCAUCAGGCCGAGCAGAAAAAGUUACAGGACCAGUUAAGCAGUUUGGAGAAGAAAAUUGCAGCUAGCCAAAAUCAGUACAAGGAGUUACAAGCAACGCAUGAAAAAAUACAGUCUGAGGUGGCUGCCAAGCACAGUGUAGCCAUCAAAGAUCUUAAACAGCAUCUUCAGGAAACAGAGCAGAGGUUGGCAAAGGCACAAAAAACGUGCAGCGAUUUGAACACGCAGGUGGAGGAAUUAAAAAAGGAAGCAGAGCAUGCAAAGUCCUUAACCUCUAUGUUAGCUACAGCCAGGAAAGAGAUUGAACUAAUGACAGACGAGAUGAGGGCUUUGAUAUCAGAGAAGGAGUCCCUGGCGCAGGAGGGGAAUGCUUUAAAGUUAGAAAAAGGUUCCUUGUUAUCAAAACUUGUAGAGUUGGAGUCCAAAGUUGGGUUGUUAAAACAAGAUCAGGAAAACCUGUGGACAGUGAACGAAGAGCUCAACUUAGAGAACAAAAGAAUCUUGAAGGAGAAACAAGAAGCCGAAUACAAAACUCAGCAGGAAAAAGCAAAGCACGGCGAGCUGCUUUCUGAGAAAGAAAAGUUGCUCUCGGAAAUAGAGGCGGCCCAGGACGAUCUCCUUAAGAUCACCAGAGAGAACGAUGCUCUGCGCACGGCGAAGGCAACUCUUCUACAGCAGGGGGAUGAGCUCCAGGCACACAACAAGGCCUUGGCUCAGGAAUGCCAGAUGCACGUCCACCAAAGGGAAGAACUGGAAGACUGCCAGAGGAAGCUGCAGAAGGAGAAUGCUGUCCUCCUCAAAGGCAAAGACGACGUCAUUCAGAAGCUGAAGAAUUCCUACGAAGACAUGGCCAGAGAUCAAAAGGAGCUCCUCCAGGACAUCUCCGCGCUGACUGCCGAGAGGGACUCUCUGUUGGCGAAACACUCAAAUCUUGAAAACAAAGAUGUGGCUUUGAGAAAGGAAGUAGACCACCUGAGGCAAACUAGUCAGGAUCUCCAGCUGGACAAGGAGGCCCUCUUGAGAAGUCAGGAGGAGCUGCGUAGAAGCCUGGAGCAGGCUCUGGAUGAAAAGCAGAAGCUUGGUGGGAAAGUAGAAGGCCUGCAGGCUGACCUGGAAGGGGCACAUAAAGAGCUCAGGAAGGUCACCAAAGACAAUGUGCAGCUGCAGGCCUCUCGUUCAAGCCUUUCAGAGCUGCUGGAGGAGAUUAAGGCCAGCAGAGAGACAACUGACUCUGAGUGCAUCCAGUUGUUGCAAGAGAAGGAUACCUUGGCUUCAUCUGAAAGGAGGCUUUUGGGUGAAAGAGAAGAACUUCUGAAUGAAAACAAGGCGGUUUCGGAAAAGCUGGCUAAAAUCUCAGAAGAGUCGGCUCUUGUCGAGAAAGCAUUAAAUGAGAAGCUAAACCAGGUGAGCACAGAGAAAGAACUGACUUAUCAGAAAAACAUGAAACUUAAGAAGCAGAAUGAGACCCUUCAAAAGGACAAGGCCGUGCUGGAGGCAAAAUGUGCAGAGCUCCUAGCAGAGAAGCAGUCUACUUCCAAAGCCCUGUGUGACUUGAAGAGGAAGCACGAGCUGGACAUCUCGGCCAAGCGAGUCCUGACCCAAGACAAAGCCAAGCUCCAGGGCAGCGUUGAAACUCUGAAGCGGGAGCUUGACCAGAAGAUGGAAGAGAACCAAGAGUUGGUCAGCUUCAAAUGUGAGCUGUCUACAAUCUUGAAAGAAACUCAGAACGCCAAAACCGUGCUAGAAAAUGAGUAUUCUGCCCUGCUUCACGCUAAGCAGCUGCUGGCCGCUUCGUUUAAGAGCAGCUCCUCAGAGAAGGAGCUCUUGAGCCAAGAGAAGGCUAAGCUGCAAGAAGAAUGCCACAGGUUAAGCAAAGACCUCAAGAGAGUUCAGGACAGCCUAACCAUUGAACAUGAAGGUAGGAAGCUAGAGAAGGAGUCUUUUCUGGUGGAGAACACUCAGCUUCAGAACAGUGUCAGUUUCUUAGAGAGGGAGAAGGAACAGCUGACAUCUAAGAACAGAGAGUUGUUGGCUGAGAAGGAACAAUUGGAACAACGGAGAUUAAAAUCCGAAUCCAAAUUGGAGGACAUUGUGAAAGAAAAGGAGAUCCUUAGUGUUGAAACAGACCGACUUGCGUCCAAUAUUGAAAAACUCAAGAGUGAGUUUGCCGCACUGACCAAGUCAAAGGCAGAGCUCCAGGAACUGCACAGCGGUGUUACCAAGAUCCUUGAAGAACUCCGCUCCAGCCACGAAACCUCAGAACUGGAGCGCACUAGACUUAUUCGAGAGAAUGAGACCCUGCUGUCAGAGCAGAAGAAUCUGGUCUCGAUAAAGGAAGAGGUCUUGAAAGAGAAGGACAAGUUUUCUGAAGACUACUGCACGUUGCACAAGGAAGUCAAGCUCUUAGUGCAGGCUAACAGUGAGAUGUCAGCCAGCCUCUUGGAAUCUCAGAACAAAAACCUGGAACUCCAGAAGGAAAAGGAGGAGCUAGUCUUGAAACUGAAAGAAAUCGAGAGUCUCCAAGCACUGGCGGUAACACAGAGCUCUGAGACUACAAAAAUAGCUGAAGACACGUUGCAGGUAGUUGAGCAGUUGACCAAAGAGAAGGGUGAUCUUCAGGAAGAGAAGAUGGAAGCUGUGGCUUCACUGGAGGAUUCCAAGCGAGCCAAUCAGAAGCUGCAGAAGGAGUUGGAUACCCUUAAACAGAACAGCGUGAAGAGCCAAGAGGAGCUUCACAAGGCAAAGGAGCUCCGGGAUACAGAAGGGAAGAAAAUGGAAGAGAUGAGAAGAGAACUAGAAGCGCUGAAGCUGGCAGAGGCUGAGAAGUCCCAGCAGCUUGCAGCUCUACGAGAAGAGAACAUUAAACUUGCUGGGGAGCUUGGCAAAGGUGAAGUCACAAGUCAUCAGAAGCUCGACGAAGAGAGAUCCGUCCUCAAUAACCAGUUGUUAGAGAUGAAAAAGAGAGAAUCCAAGUUAAAAAAAGAAAUCGAUGAUGAGAGAACUUCUUUACAGAAAUCCAUCAAUAUUACUAGUGCCUUGAUCACAGAGAGAGAUGAAGAGCUGGAAAAACUCAGAAAUGAGGUCACAGUACUUCGUGGAGAAAAUGCCACUGCAAGGAGUUUGCAUUCCGUAGUUCAGUCGUUGGAGUCUGAUAAGUUGAAACUUGAGCUGAAAGUAAAGAAUCUGGAGCAGAAGCUCAGAGAGAGCCAGAAUCUACCUCCUAGCUCAACAGAUGACGUAGCUGGUGGAACCAUCCAGGAUGAAAACGCCCAGGAAAACCAGAUUGACUUCCUAAAUUCUGUAAUAGUAGAUCUUCAGAGGAAAAAUGAGGAGCUGAAAUUGAAAGUGGAAAUGAUGUCGGAGGCAGCUCUCAACGGCAACGACGAAGAAGUUGUUAUUAGCUAUGACAGUGAGGAAGAAAACCCUGCUAAGAAGAAGCCGCGCCUAUUCUGCGACAUUUGUGACUGCUUCGAUCUUCACGACACCGAAGACUGUCCGACUCAAGCGCAGGCGCCGGAUGACCCUCCACAUUCGACUUACCACGGCAGCCGAAAAGAAGAGCGCCCUUAUUGUGAAAUCUGCGAGGUGUUUGGGCAUUGGGCGACAAACUGCAAUGACGACGAGACCUUUUGACGUAGUCGAGGACCAAGGAGAACAAACUUUGCUCUGCCUGUUUGUCAAACGAGAUCCUGCACCACCGGCAGCCAAGUGUGCUAACUUCAAAGAAAGAUUAGGGCGGUGGCCCUUACUCUCAGCCUCUUUACAACCAACCUACUUAAUAGAAAUAUUUUCAUCUUCAGCAACAAAAUAUUUUAUUUCUACUCUAAAAUCAAAUAAAUAAUUUUAUUAGGGAGGUUUCUGCCACUUUACUUUUUAGCUCUUGGGUUUUCAUCGUCUCUCAGGGGAGCUUCCCUUUGUCAUGACGUUGACUUAUAGGAAAUAAAAACACUCUUAGUUUCAGCUUAUUUAAAGACCUUCAAAAGAUUAUGCUGUUAAUUUUUGUAUUUGCACUAAGCUCUUAAAGCUGCGUUUGUAUGUUUUUAGAUUUUUGUAAAGCUUUCGACACUGGAAUGAGUUGAGAGAUGAACUGUUUUUUUUAAUUUUCAUCUGCUCGGUUAUCUCUUGAUCAAAGAAUUUGUAAGCUCUGGUGCGCUACCUAGAGAUCUGUAGUGCCUUUAUUUCAGCAAGAUUUCUUAAUGGUGUGAAAUAUCGUUUAAACAAAAUAUCAUGAAGCAGGUAAGCAUACAAAGCUACUGUUGGGAAACCUUUUUAUACUGAAACUUCUAUGCUGUGCACAUUGAUGGAAUCUCUUCCAAGGUUCUUUCCACUCCUGUAAAGUUGUACAUACGUACAUAUAUAAAUAUAUAUAAGAAAAGGAUUAUAUUUUGGAAAACUUUCUUAUUAUCCUCAGUGUUUGGAUUCAUCUGAACGGACAUCUUUGUGCACACCACAGUAACUUUAUUUAAAUGACUUAACAGCCUCAAUCUUGGGAGAUUUUUUUAACUGACUUUCUGAGUGUGUGUGUGUGCGUGUGAGUGUGUGUAACAAAAAAUCUUCCAGCAAAUUUGUAUCCUGUAACAGGUUUUUAUUAAAAGUCCGUUCAGAAAUCAAGUCUUUUUUGAUGAAUAAUUUAUUUAUUUCCCCACCCUCUUCUGGAGCCGAGUUUUGUUCCAGAUGAAUGUAAAACAGAAAAUUCAGUAUUUAGUAAAUCUUGAAUUUUCUAAGAGACUAAAACCUUAUGGAAAAAGUGGAUGUAACUCUGCCACACUGAUUUCUAAUAUAUAUGUACUUUCUGAUGAGAUUACUCUGUCACGGAGUUAGUGAUGUGUACUACUUCACAUGAGUUAAAGGUGGUAGAUACCACAAUAAGUUGAUUUUAAAUCUCUUUUUUGAAUGUCUCGAACCAUAAAUGUAGAAAAGAUAAACUAUAUCUCUCCUGCUCUCUGUACAUUAUAGAGAAAUCUAACUCUUGUAUAGCUGUGUGUAUAUUAUACAUAUGUAUAUGCCUUUGGUGUAUUUUUUUCUCUCCAGAUUACAGACAGUAUUUGACACAUGAGUUUAAAGUCAACCUAAUGUAAUUUGUUUGAAAUUUGGAGUAAUGAAUGUAUUAUAGUGAUAGAAACAAACUAAGCAGGGAAAUCAGUAUUAAUCCAAGUGUACUGUAUCUUUAAUAAAAUGGUUAUUCUCUUGUCACAA